AUGGAGUCGAGGAUGGAUGCGUUGAUGCAAAUGAUCAAGGACUCUGAGUCUCGCCUGGCGCGCGAGAUGGGAGCGAUCUCAGCGGGGGUUGAUGCCAUCAGACCUGACAUCGUCGGUUUGCAGAGUUCGGUGAUGUCGUUGCAACCGGAAAUGGAGAAAAUCAAGGCCACUUUCGAAGCCUGGCGCCCCGAGAUGGAGGCCAAGGUGGAUGGCCUUGGCGAGGUGGUGAAGGAUCUGCGCAGGCAGGUCGACCACAUGGCAAGGGGAGUGGGAGCUGGCGCGCUGGGACCUCCUCCUACAGCAGCCCCUCCGCCGAUGGGUCCAUCUCCAUCGAGCGCACUAAAGGGUGCACACUCCGGGCAACUCGGCCUCGGCGUCGAACAUCUCUCCGGGGUUAUGGUGGUGUCGGAUACGCCUCCGUCCCCACCAGCCCCGGUCACAGGUCAGAAUACUACGCGCACCAUGAUACCUUUUGACCCAGGUGCUAGUGGGAGUGUUACUACUGAGAUUGCUAGAAAUCAGGCCGGAAACCCACCACCACACUCAGAAUUUCCUCGUUUUGAUGGAGAAAACCCCAAAUUAUGGAAGAAAGCAUGUGAGAAAUACUUCAGAAUUUAUUCUGUUAGCUCUGAGUUUUGGGUUGAGCAUGCCACCCUGCACUUUACUGGCAAUGCGGCUCUGUGGUUUCAGAGUGCCGAGGAUAAAAUGGGAGUUGUUAAUUGGGUUCAAUUGUGUGACAUUAUAAACACAAGGUUUGAUCGCGGUCAGUACCAGUUGCUGUACCGCCAAGCGUUCAAACUUAAACAAACAAGUUCAGUCUCUGAUUACAUUGAAAGAUUUGAUAACUUGAUGCAUCAUAUGUUAGCCUAUAAGCCAGACUUAGAUCCUACUUUUUUCACCACACGUUUCAUCGAUGGUUUGCUUAGUGAUAUCCGUGCUGCUGUUCUCAUUCAACAACCCACGAGUUUGGAAACUGCCGUUUCUCUCGCCUUGUUGCAGGAGGAGAUAAACGAGGAUUGCGAGCUUCCGCAUUCCUUUUCCAAGCAGGCCAGUUCGCUGCGCGUCAACUAUAAAGCGCCAACAUUAUCUUCUACUUCCACACAAGCUCGUCCUCGCACUCAGCAAGUGACUGAAGAUAAGAGGAGCAAUGAUACUGGCAAGGCUAUGACCAGUGCUCAGAAGUUUGCAGCACUCAAAGCAUAUCGAAGAGCUAUGAAUUUGUGUUUUAAGUGUGGUGAGAAAAAUUGGAAUCAACAACACAAAUGUGCUUCCACUGUGCAAUUACAUAUUGUCGAAGAGUUGAUGGAAAUGUUGGAUGGUUCCGAGAGUUCUGACUCUUUUACCACUGCUGCUGAUGUUGAGGCUGGAACUGAUGCUGAAUUCAAUGCAAUCUCUUCACAGGCUUAUACUGGAACAGAGAACAGCUCUUGUUUCCGCUUAAAAGGGACCAUUCAGGGGCAAACCGUUGUGAUGCUGAUCGAUUCUGGUUCUUCGGGCAAUUUCAUUAGUUCUGAUUUUGCUUCGCAGCUGCAAGGGGUUCAGAAGAUGGUCAAACCUAUUCGGGUGAAGGUGGCUAAUGGGGAGACUAUCAAGGGCACUGAUAUAUUGCCAACCUGCAAAUGGGCAUGCCAAGGUGCAGUGUUCCAAACCGACAUGAAAGUAAUUCCGUUGCACUGUUAUGAUGUGAUUUUGGGGAUAGAAUGGUUAAAAGCUCAAAGUCCUAUGCACGUCGAUUGGCAAGAAAAAUGGAUCGAGGUCAAUCAAGAUAAUAAGAAGCAAAAAUUAUUUGGCGUGGUGGCUGACACUUCAAGUUGUAAUUUCAUUUCAGCUAUGGAGUUGACUCAAGAAGAACAGAAGGGUGAAGUAUGGUACCUUGUUCAAGUGUAUGCUGUGGAACAGUCGAUGGAGCAGCGUAUUCCCUUGGUCAUUGAACAGUUGGUUCACUCUUUUGACGACUUGUUUCAAGAGCCUACAGGGCUACCUCCCAAGAGGCUGUAUGACCAUAAAAUUCCACUGCUGCCCGGGGCAACACCUGCGAAACUUCGUCCUUACCGUUAUAAUCCCAUGCAGAAAACGGAGAUUGAGAAACAAGUUGCAGAACUCAUCAAACAAGGGGUGUUGCAACUCAGUGCUAGUCCUUUUGCUGCACCAGCCUUACUAGUUAAGAAGAAGGAUUUAUCUUGGAGACUCUGUCAAGAUUUUCGCCACCUGAAUGCCAUGACAGUAAAGAACAAGUUCCCUCUCCCCGUUAUAGAUGAGCUUCUAGACGAGCUUGCUGGGGCUAAAUGGUUCACUACCCUUGAUUUGCGAGCCGGUUACCACCAAAUCAGGAUGGCGGAUGAGGAUGUCCCUAAAACAGCGUUCCAGACACAUCACGGCCAUUUCGAGUAUUUGGUCAUGCCAUAUGGUCUCACAGGGGCCCCGGCUACCUUCCAGGGGGUUAUGAAUGCAGUCUUAGCACCUGGAUUGAGGAAGUAUGUGUUAGUAUUUAUAGAUGACAUUCUAAUCUACAGUGCUACACUUCAAGAGCAUGUGCAGCAUGUCAAGGCCGUUUUCAAAAUGUUGAUGGAAAACCAGUUAAAAGUGAAGAAAAGCAAAUGUCACUUUGCGCAACAGCAAUUGUCUUAUCUGGGUCAUGUUAUCAGUGCCGCGGGUGUGUCGACUGACUCCUCCAAGAUUGCCCCAAUUGUGAAAUGGGCAGCUCCUCAGAAUGUCAAACAGCUCAGAAGUUUUUUGGGAAUGGCUGGCUACUACAGGAAAUUUGUCAGAGGGUAUGGCGUCAUUAGUAAAACCUUGACAGAGUUGUUGAAGAAAGGAGUCCAAUAUAUCUGGACAUCAGAGGCCGAAGCUUCUUUCCAAGCCUUAAAAAGAGCUUUAGUUACUGCACCAGUCCUGGCAUUGCCAGACUUCACCAAACGCUUUAUUGUCGAAACAGACGCAAGCGACAAAGGCAUCGGAGCUGUGUUAAUGCAAGAUGGUCACCCCUUAGCCUUCCUCAGUAAAUCAUUGGGACCUAAACAACAAGCUUUGUCUACUUAUGAAAAAGAGUGCCUGGCUAUUCUUUUAGCAGUAGAGAAGUGGCGAUCAUACUUGCAACAUGCUGAGUUCUAUAUCAAAACAGAUCAGCGCAGCCUGGUGAAUCUCACAGAGCAGAGACUCACAACACCAUGGCAACACAAGGCGUUAACAAAAUUACUUGGACUGCAAUUCAAAAUCAUUUACAAAAAAGGGGUCGAGAACAAGGUCGCAGACGCCUUAUCUCGCCGGGUUCCUACUGGUGAAUGUAACUUGAUGACUGUGGUUGAAAGCAGACCAGUGUGGCUAACAGAGGUAGCAAACAGCUAUAAAAAUGAUGCACAGGCAGGGAAACUGCUCACCAAGCUGGCCAUUGUGCCCGACUUCCAACAAUUCUCCUUGAAGGAUGGCAUUAUCCGAUACAAAGGCAGAGUGUGGAUUGGAAAGAGAUACUAUGACAAAACUAUUGCAGCAUCAUUUGGAGCGAGUGCAGCAAAGAAUGAAAAGUCAGGCAGACAAAGAGCAAACCACAAGCUGGCUUUCAAGUUCUAUGGGCCUUAUGAAAUCCUAGAGAAAAUCGGCAAGGUAGCUUACAAAUUGCAACUGCCUCCUUCAAGUAUGAUCCAUCCAGUUCUCCACGUCUCCCAGUUGAAAAAGUGUGUUCCAUCGGACAGGGAAAUGAAGCAGCGCUUUCCUCUGGCUCCUGCUUGGGGACAAGCAGGAUCUAAAGAAGAGGGGGAUGUUACGGACCAGCCUAUUGCAACUAAGAAGAUGCCGCUGAAGAAAAGAGAGAAGGCGAUCAUGGAGCAGGGAUCGGAGCAUCAGCGUGAGCAAGCCAGGAAGUCAAGGCGAGAGCGUCAACUGAAUGCUCGCUUCAGCGGUCCGGAUUGGACCACGUAG